AGUCGACAGUACACACACGUGCAGACUCUGCAUCUUCUUCAUUGAUCUUAUCAUUUCAUAUUUAAUUCAAACCAUUCAUUUUCUAUCUUCAUUUGUCCGCUUGGUUUUCCAGUUAUCUUACAGCAAAGGCAUGACAUCACCUCCUCCUCCUCUUCUUCUUCUUCUUCUUCUUUUCCCAGCACCAACUGUUAUAUAACAAGCCAAACUUCACCUACAUCUCCCUGCAAGACUCUUCAAGAAAUGAACAAGUUUGAGCUGGUUUUCAUACCCAUGCCGGGGAUGGGUCACCUCGUUUCCACAGUGGAGAUGGCCACCCUUCUUGUUACUCGAGAUCCUCGUCUCUCUAUCACAAUGCUUGGCAUGAAGUUGCCCUUUGAUUCCAAAGCUUCUGAAUAUAUCCAAUCCCUUUCUGAAUCUCUUUCCAACAACCCAUCCCUACGCCUCAUUGGUCUUCCUGAAUUACCCGUCCCAAAAGAUAGCAAAGAUCUAUUGCUGAAAGUACUCCUCGACAGCUACAAACCCCAUGUCAAAGAAGCUGUUAGCUCACUACUUACCAACCCCCUUGCUGGAUUCGUCUUGGACAUGUUCACUACAACCAUGGUGGAUGUGGCUAAAGAACUUGGGAUUCCUUCUUAUGUGUAUUACACUUCUAGUGCUGCUUAUCUUGCUUUUAGCCUUCAUCUUGAAGAAAUUUACCGUCAAAAGAACAGUAAUGAAGCAGUGAAUCCACAAUUCAAGGACCCAGAUUUUGAUUUGAGAGUAUCCAGUUUAAUCCACCCAAUUCCAAGCAAAGUCAUUCCAGGAAUCUUCUUUAUGGAAAAAGGGGCGGUUUGGGUUUAUGAAGAAACCAAGAGAUUAAGAACUGAAAUGAAAGGGAUUCUCAUCAAUACAUUUGAGGAAUUGGAAUCCCAUGUGAUAUGUUCUUUAUCAAGUGAUUCCUCCUUCAAUCUCCCGCCGUUGUAUUCCAUUGGCCCAAUUUUACACUUGAACAACAACAAAAUCGAGGGAACGGAUCGUGCCGGUGUGCUGAAGUGGAUGGAUGAGCAGCCAACAUCAUCGGUGGUGUUCUUAUGCUUUGGAAGCAGGGGGAGCUUCGAGAAGGGUCAGGUGGAGGAGAUCGCCGAUGGGCUUGAGCGAAGUGGGGUUCGAUUCGUGUGGACGCUCCGGAAGCCGCCACCAAAGGAAGUGUUUCAGGACCCAACUGAUUAUACGGACUUCAAAGACAUCUUACCGGAGGGAUUUCUGGAUCGAACGGCGGAGGUUGGGAGGGUGAUCGGGUGGGCGCCGCAAGUGGAGAUAUUAGGGCAUCCAGCGACAGGUGGGUUCGUGUCGCAUUGUGGGUGGAACUCGACGUUGGAGAGUUUGUGGCAUGGCGUGCCGAUGGCGACAUGGCCGAUGUAUGCAGAGCAGCAAUUCAAUGCGUAUGAGAUGGUGGUGGAGUUGGGAUUGGCGGUGGAGAUCACGGUGGAGUAUCGGAAGGAGGGUGCAAGUGACGAGCCGAGAGUAGUGAGUGGGGAGGAGAUUGAGAAAGGGAUUAGGAAGUUAAUGGAGGAGGAUAGUGAGGUGAGGAAGAAAGUGAAAGGCGUGAGUGAAGGGAGUAGGAGAAGUGUGAUGGAAGGUGGAUCUUCUCAUAUUUCAAUGGGCAAGUUUAUAGAGGACGUUUUAGCCAGCUCACCGGAAGGAAGAUGCUAAUGGAGAUUUCUCUUUGUUAGUCAAACAGACAAGAUUAUUUUCUUCACCUCCAUCCGGUCCUGUUCCACUAUAUAUAUAUAUAUAGUGGAUAAUACUAUAUUAUAAUAUUGAAAAAAAUCAAUGAUUACAGAUUAAA